AUGAGCGCCUUCGUGACUCUCUCAACAGGGCAGAGGAUGCCUGUGGUCGGACUCGGGACGUGGAAGAGCGCUCCAGGACAGGUGAAGCAGGCGGUGCUGGCUGCUCUAGACUGUGGCUACAGACACAUUGACUGUGCUGCUGCAUACAGCAAUGAGCAGGAGGUGGGAGAGGCUCUGGCUCUCAGGGUCGGUCCUGGGAAGGCUUUGCGCCGCGAGGAGGUGUUUGUCACAUCCAAACUGUGGAACACCAAACAUGACCCAGAGGAUGUUGAGGAAGCAUGCAGGACCAGCCUGGCCGACCUGGGUCUCUCCUAUUUGGACCUGUACCUUAUGCACUGGCCCAUGGCAUUUCAGCGGGGGAAGGAGCUGAUGCCUCGAAGGGCAGAUGGAAGUAUUUGUUACUCUGGCACACAUUACAGAGAUACUUGGGCAGCCAUGGAGAGCCUUGUGGACAAAGGUCUGGUCAAAGCUAUAGGACUGUCCAACUUCAACGCCAGGCAGACUGAUGACAUCAUCAGCAUGGCCAAACACAAACCUGUGGUGAACCAGGUGGAAUGUCAUCCUUAUUUGUCUCAAGCAGAUCUCCUGUCUCACUGUCGGUCAGUGGCAGUGUGUGUGACAGCCUACAGUCCUCUGGGCAGCGGGGACAGACCCUGGGCCUCUCCUGAUGAGCCAAGUCUGCUACAGGAUCCUCGACUGGGAGCCAUCGCCCAGAGAUACCAGAGAACACCUGCCCAGGUUAUACUCAGGUGGCAUGUGCAGAGGGGUGUCGUGUGUAUCCCUAAAAGCGUGAUGCCAUCCAGGAUCCAGCAGAACUUGCAGGUGUUUGACUUUAACCUGUCAGAAGAGGACAUGAAGCUGAUCGAAUCCUUCAACCUCAACAAGCGCUUCAUCAUCCCAUCAGUGGAGAGGGCUGGCAAGAGAGUGUGGAGAGAUGCAGAACAUCCACAUUUCCCCUUCCAUGAUCCUUACUGA